AUGGCCCCCACCGACCCCUGGAGCCGGCUACGAGGCACCCUGGGGAACCGAUCCCACGCGCUGGGCUGCCGAGAGGCUGCUGGGAGCCAGAACGGUAUUAUCCCCCAACCUGGCUCCUCGCACCCACCGAGACUUGCCCGGGCGUUACACCGCAGAGGGGAGGCAGGUCGCUCUCCCACUGCCGUACCACUCCAGCGACUGUUCUGCCUCGAGAGCACCUCCUGGGCUGAAGCCACAGACAGCCAGGGUGGCCGGCGCCGGCUCGGUGCUCCCAAGCACACCCCGCGGCAGACUCCCAGCCCUCGGAACCCGGGCGCCCGCAACAGGUUUGGGGUUGCAGGGCAAACUUACAGUAGUGGCGACUGGCCUCCGCACACAACCGGCUGGGGAUCUUGCCUCGGUCACCCGCAGGGAGCCGACGAAGGACGUUCUAUGUUCCAGGAAGCGGUGGCGAUCGCCGGGGAGAAAAGAGCGCCGGGAAGAGAGACGAUAGCGUCCCCGCUGGUGGCUCCCUGGCCGGCUCCGCAGGCAGCUGACCUCGGUCUCCGGAUCUGCAGCUACGGACCUGGCGCCCCGGCCGGGCCAAGCGUCUGCCGGCGCGCGCCUAGCCAGGGGAGAGUGAGCCUGCGGCGGCCGCGCCGCGGAGGAAGGCGGGCUGCACGCAGGGGGAGGGAGCCGGGCUGCGGCGUGAGCGCUGGCGGCCGCCUGGCGUCGGCUCUGGGUCUCUGCAGCGCCUCCGUCGCGCCGCCGACUCUGAGGCUGCGGGAGCAGACUGCGCCGGGCCACGUUUUUGAAAGCGUCUUGGCUUCAUUUUGCUUUACAAAGCCAGAAAAGCUCGAGGGAUUCAAGGUAAGAACCAGGUGCGGAGGGCCCAGGGGGCAGCAAGGAGCCAGGCCGGCAGAAUUUAGUUCCCAAGGAGAGAAAGAUACAACCAAUAAAAAGCAAAUGGAUGGAAACGGAGUUCGCACCAGAGAUAGGGGCUGAAAAGAGGAAAAUGGGAAUGCAUCUCUGCUGCAUGUCUUUUAAAAACACAUUUCUGUGUCCUGUGGCCAGCUAUGAGAAGCACCAGAGCCGACUACUGUGCACUUUCUGGCCCUUUUCUGUUUUCAUCUGUCUGGGUUUGGGUCGAACACAAAUACAUUGGUUUUUCGGGCACUAACAGUUAAUGUGUUCCAGUGCGGCAGCUUUCCAUUAAGUUCACACAUCUUCUCUUUUGACAAAAUAUGUCUUUCUUUCUCCCAAAGCCACCUUGAACUGCUGCCGCUGCCUAGAAGCAGUAUGUGUACAGACGUCAGCUGGUUGGCUGGGGAUUUUGCCAGAAGACACCACCUGGCAAAGGACAGAUAAUCGUUUCUAUUGCAUCUACCACCUGGAAGUUGCAGCGUCCACAAUGAAGCAAACAGUGAAGCUUGCUUCUCUUUGUAGAGAGCUUGGCUAAGCAUGCAGGGCUAAAAGAAUGCUAAGUCCAGCUGUUACCCGCUGCUGUAUCCUUUCUACCUAAUGCUACCACUUCCUGUGCUUCAAGUCAAGAAAACAAAAUUGCAGCCUGGAAACUCCUGAAAUGGAUUCAGUGACCUUGUGCAUCCCUUCAUCUGCUACUGGGAGAUAAGCAAACUCAGGGUGAUGGAAUUUGUUUACGUAGGUUAUACAAACCAGAAAAUGCUGAAAGACACAGGAACUGAACUUACAUCAUAGAAAAGUGUGUGUUUCCGAUGACCCUCAGACUACAAUGCUUGGCUUGAGCCAGAGUAUGAAAAUUCUUUUAGACUGUUGGGCAGUUUCUAAUGCCUUUCUCAAGGCUGAGAGUGAUUUGCAAGUUAGUGGAUUUAUGAUCAUAGAAACUCAAACUAUGUCAUUUUUAUGGCAUCUCCCGGCCAAUGGUAAGAGUCAUUCUUUAUCACCUUGUUCACAGGAAGAACGGUGAGUCGUGUGCAUGUACAGGAAGAAAACUCUCCACAGAUUGUGAUUGCCCCGGACUACGACAGACAGGGCCGGAUAUGGAGAUGUAAGAUGUCGGGAGAGGCCACUCCUUUGAUUUGUACAACAGCCUGAGCUUGAUUCAGGAGGUUAGUUAGGCUGGUCCUGCAGGCCGCUGGGAAACUGUCUUUGCCUGGCCUUGGGACACUAAACCAAGGUUGUUUUGAAUGCAGUUAAGAAGCCGUGCCCAAGGCUUUGGCCUUGUUAUCAUGCUUAACAAUAUUAUUUUGCUAGGCUGCAAAAUCAGCAGCGUGGGGUUAAAUGUAUUAGCUGCCUUCAAACCUAAUCUAUCUUCAUUCAUUCCUAAUUAUUCUCGGGCUGAAUUAAUGAGAGUGAUUUAAUUAACACCAUACAAUCGCAGUACCAGGGACUGGACAGCUCAGGGGGAUUAGACCAAACUGGGCCAGGCAGCUGCCACCCUGCCACUUGCAGGUUCCCAAAGCCUUACCCAAAUUCAGACAUGUCCCCUGCUGGGAUUCCAGCAGGGCCUCCUUUGUUCUUUGAGUCACUUCCUCAGUCUGUGUGAGGAAGAUGUCGCAGCCCUCCAACCUGGACUUUGAGAACCAGGCCCAGUAGAGUCAACAUGGCAGAGGGCCAAAUGCCCACCCAAAGUGCGAUGACUAAUCUUUAUUGUCAACCCCACUGAAUUUAGAAUCACCUAAGAGAGACAUACCUCAAGGCAUGUGUCAGAGAGGGCAUUUUCAGAGAGUUUCCAUUGAGGAAGAAGACCCCAACCCUGCAUGGAGACAGUGCCAUCCUAUGGGGUUGUGGUUUCAGGCUGAAUACAUUUGCAGGGAGUGGAAAAUGAGCUGACCACAGGCAUUCAUCUCUCUAUGCUCACUGAAGAUGCAGCGUGAUGAUCUCACACUCCUAUAUUC